GGGCGUCUUUAUGUGGAAAGUGAAAGUAAAGUUCAAUACCAGGACUCAGUAAACCAGAGGCACAUGGGAAGGAGACUGUCGGGGGGAGAUGGGGUCCCUGCGAGUGCACAAGUCACCCCACUUACUUGUCCUCAUUCUACUGAGCAACUUCUCACCCCGAGCCUCAGCUAAUAUUGAAAUUGCAACAAGUUCCCCCAUUGCAUCACUAAGGAACCAAGACGUGUUCAUCCCGUGCACAAUAAGCCAUUCCCGCGCUACAAAACUGGAUCUAAAGAAACUGUCAGUUCAAUGGAGCCUGAAGCUCCCCAAUGGGACAGAAGUGGAUCUGUAUCUGUACGUGAGUAGGAACGUAACCCACAACAGACGGGGGUUAAACAUCUCCGAGACGGACCUUGUACUGGGCAACGCAGGGUUCACCAUAACCCAAAUACAAUUCAGUGAUGAAGGGGAAUAUACCUGCACCAUCACUUACACCCCCAAUAAAAAACAUGGAGCAGUCACUGUGGAGGUGUCAGCUCAACCAAUCAUCACGCUGGAUCCUCAGCACCUUGUUUCUAUUGAACUCGGGACAGAGAAGACAAUUUUGUGUGAAGCCAAAGGUUUUUACCCCGGAGAAAUAAAACUUCAAUGGGUGAAACAUCUCAGCCCCAGGCGCCAUGAAGUGUUGGAUGCAGGAACCUGCUUUCGUGACCCAAAAUUGAACAAAGACGGAACUUUCAAUGUAACGAGUCACCUGACAUUGAAGCCUUUGCUUGUGGAUAAUGGAAGUAAUUAUUCCUGUGUCGUAAAACACAAAUCCACCGACACAAGACUCCACAACUUUACCCUCCUUGUAAAAGAGCCAGACACCCAAACAUCCAGCAUUAUUGCCGCUGUCACUAUAACUUUGACUUCCGUGAUUCUUCUCUUGUUUGGCCUUGGCUACUUUCUACUUAGAAAGAAAGAACCCCCAAGACUUUCAGGGUUGACAGAAGCUAAACAUUUGGUGCAUAUGAACAGGGCGACUCUGUCCUGCCAGAUCUCUGGGUUCCGACCCAAACCCAUCAGAAUUACAUUGUGGCUGAAAAGAAAUGGGGGAGAAGAGAUGGAAAUCGACUCCUGGGAUUCGGAGACACAAACGGGUUCCUCUGCCCCAGUGUCACAUCACAGAGAGGAGCAGCGUGUGGUUAUUGUACCAGAGAGAGAAGGGUUAAUGAGAAAUGGGACUAAUCUGCCCCCAGCACAGAGACCUCUGCGAGUGGAAAUGGUUAAUAUAAUAAUAACAAGUAAAUUUCAACAUAUCUCCAACUGUCAGUGCACAAUCCAUAUAACUCCAGACAUAGAGGAAGAUGAUGGAGCAGAACUGACUGUGAGGGUCACUCACUCUGCCCUGAGACUCCCCAUCUCUAAAUCCUGUAAACUGGAGGUCACUGGAAUCCAGCCAAAGAUAUCCAAAAUCGUAUCUCCACUCCGUAUCCUCCAAGGUGAAUCCCUGACUCUGACCUGUCCCAUCUAUGGGUUUAAGCCAAAGCCGCUCUCUGUUACUUGGCUGAAAGUGGAUUCCAAUGGUCGGGAAACAAAACUUCUGCACUGGGAUCGAGGUACGACCAUGAUCACUGAUUCGAAAUAUUUACAUGAGCUGGCAGAAUAUGAAAGGGAAGAGGAAGAAGAAGAUGAUUAUCUUAACUACUUCUUAAGCAAUCUGACCCUAAAGCCCACAGUGAAGGGAGAUCAUGGGACACGGUACAUCUGCAGGACUCAUCAUUACGCAACAGGACAAAGAGCGCAGAAGAACAUGGUGAUGGAAGUUUCAGCUGUCCCAGAGCUGGAUCCAAUAGAGACACCAGAGACAUCAGAGAUUCAAUCUGCUGGAAAGGAGACCACGUUAUCCUGCAGAAUCCAUUCCUUCCACCCGCAACCUUUGGAAGUUUCCUGGUAUAAAGAGGAUGAGGAAUUGCCAUCACACAAUGACCCAAUACUCACUGAUGACAAUGGGUUGUUCUAUUGUACCAGCUGCAUAACCUACAGCCCUUGUGUGAGGGACAUUGGGAAGAAGUUCAGGUGUGAGGUCUCUCAACCAAGUCUCCAAAAUCCUAAAUGUGUUUCCUGGGAACUGAAACAUCUCAUUUCUAUGCCACUGAUAAGUGAAAUACAGUGUGAUCCUGAGGUUCCUGAGUUUGACCAACCUGUAACAUUAUCCUGUACUGUCCGCGAUUUCUACCCUGAAACUUGCACAAUCCGUUGGUAUAAGGGACGGAAAAGCAUCUCUCCUGCAAAUGAUACAGAACCUGCCCAGCAAGAUCCUGAGUCCGGCCUCUUCUCUAAAACAACACAAAUGAUAUUCACUCCUACUAUUGGUCAACAUGGGACAGAAUACCACCUGGAGAUCACUCAUUCAAUGAAGACGACCAUAAGGACAUAUCAUUUAAAACUAAAAGGGUUCCCAGACAUCAAAGAAAUAACCUGCAAUCAAAAUCCCCCAAAAUACGGGGAACCUCUAACACUAAGCUGUGAGGUGAUUGGCUGUGAGGCGCAUGAUGUCACCGCAGAAUGGCGAUUGAGCGGGGAACCAAUAGUGGAAGAAAUGACAUCAGAAACCCAAAUAAACACAAAUUCCGUCUCUUUCACCCUCAAGCUGACGCCUACAGCAGAGCAUUGUGGGAAAGUUGUCAGCUGUUGGGUAAAGCGAAGGGGUCUGCAACAACCGUUGAAAAAAAAUCAUCUGCUUAAAUUACCAGACGUGCCACCGACCUUAUCGGAGAUCAUGGUCUUCCCAAAAGAUCUGCUCCUCAACAAAGAGGCCAUCUUUAAAAUCAACAUCUCUGGUUUUUCCCAGAGGAAACUUGGAGUAAAAUGGUUCCGAUUUGGAAAAGAACUGACGGAACAUGUUGAGACUUCAGAACCAGAAAUUGGAUUGGACGGAUUAUAUUCCUGUAGCAGCUCAGUGAGAUUCACUCCAACCUACAAAGACCUCAUUCAAUGUCAAGUUGUGACCAACAAGGGAACCUACUCCAAAAUGUUUCAGUUGAAAUCUAGAGGAUUUGGCCGACAUUCACAGGAACCUAAAACAAUUUAAAGGAACACGAUGCGCCUUGUCCUCUGAAGGGAAACCAUCAAGGAAACAUAUUGACCGGAAUAAAGGGAGUUGCACAGACAUUAUGGUUCUACACUAGUUACGAGUUCAUUUGUUUCGACCAGCCAUGGAUUUGCGGCCAAAUUCCACAUUUUGUCAUCUGAGAAUUUUUUUC